GUAAUAGCUUCACUAAUAGAUGCUUUUGGAAAACAGAGGUAUUUACCUUUUGGAAGAAAUUUAGAACUAUAUUUUAAAAAGUAGGAUGGUAAUCAAGGGUUAGGAUAUGUUUGAAUAGGUAGCCGUGUCACCAUGUGAACAGGUAAAGGUUUAUGUGACGAAGGCUCAGUACUCACAGUGCUCACACCUGAAGAAGGCUCCACAACUGAAAUGUUGUCUCUUUUCUUUUCCUUUCACCACCAAAUAAAGAGCUAACAUAUGGUUAAUACAAUAUAGUGUAUGGCAAAGUGAAUGCAAAUAUUUGAUGUUUUUCAUGCAGUGGCAGUUACUCAGAAAAAUGAAUAAUGUAUUAAAUACAAGCAAAUAGUAUUUUUACUGUAUACAAAAAGCUGGCUUGCUAUUUUAGUAAGUUUACAACACAAACAAUUUGGGUAAGCCAACCACAAGAUGUUGCAUUUUUUUUAAAGAAGCUGAGCAGGUAUAAUCAAGGCACAGAUGGGCAUUGUUGGUCUUUGUCUAACACAGAAAAUAGCUAGCUUAUGAAUAUAGCUAAAUCUCCAAUCUAUACAUUACCUUUGCAAGUUUUGCUUAAAAAAUACAAAAUCCUUUGCUGCAAGGUGUUCAUUUCAGAGUGGACAGGGGACUAAGAAAAGUGCAAGAUGGCAGGGUCUUUAUUUCGCAGUGAAGAAAUGUGUCUGACACAGAUCAUCCUACAAGUCGAAGCUGCCUAUUGCUGUAUUGCAGAGUUGGGAGAGCUAGGUCUUGUCCAAUUCAGAGAUCUGAAUGCACAUGUAAACAGCUUUCAAAGAAAAUAUGUGAAUGAAGUGAGAAGGUGUGAAACCCUGGAAAGAAUCCUCAGGUUUCUUGAGAAGCAGAUGGAACUUGAACAAGUAGUAGCAGAAAACUGUGGUGAGAGCUGUCCUUUAUCCCCCCUUCCACGAGAGGUCCAUGAUUUGGAGUCUGUUUUGGAGAAAUUGGAAAGUGAACUGCUUGGAAUGGCUCAAAAUCAGCAGUCACUAAGGAGCAAUGCCAUGGAGCUGAUUGAACUUAAAGAAUUAGUCAAGACGGUGCAGGAAUUCUUUGAGAAAGAAACACAUUUCCCAGAUGAGUUCUUUACUGAAGAGAACACAGCUUUAGUGGAGUCCCAUGGGCCAUCUACAGCAGUAGCUAGUGGCAAAUUGGGUAUCAUAGGGGGAGUUAUCAGAAGCGAGAGGAUGCUGUCUUUUGAACGAGUGCUGUGGCGGGUAUGCAGAGGGAAUGUCUAUAUAAAACAGAGGGAUAUGGACGCUACUGUGGAGGAUCCUGACACGAAAGAAGAAGUAAAAAAGAAGGUCUUCUUUAUAUUUUUUCAAGGCGAGCAACUUGGCUUAAAAAUUAAGAAAAUUUGUCAAGGAUUUCAUGCUACAGUGUACCCUUGCCCAGAGAACAGUAAGGAAAGACGAGAAACAGCUGCAAGUAUUAACUGUCAACUGGAAGACUUGCAAGCAGUCCUGAAGCAAGCAGGAGACCAUCAAAAGAGGGUGCUGCAGGAGGCAGCUAGCAGCAUUCAGGAAUGGAAAAUUAAGGUGCAGAAAAUGAAAGCGGUCUACCACACCUUGAACAUGUGCAACAUUGAUGUAACCCAGCAGUGCUUAAUUGCUGAGACCUGGUGUCCUGUCACAGAUAUGGACAGAAUCAAAACGGCUCUCCAGAAAGGAAUGGACCGGAGUGGUUCAACUGUGGAUCCUAUUGUGACUGAAGUAAGCACAAGGAUGUCACCACCUACCUUUAACAGAACCAACAAAUUUACAGCUGGAUUUCAGAAUAUUGUUGAUGCAUAUGGUGUAUCUACUUACAGAGAAAUCAAUCCAGCUCCCUACACAAUCAUAACUUUCCCCUUCCUGUUUGCCGUGAUGUUUGGUGACUGGGGCCAUGGUGUUAUUAUGCUGUCCUUUGCUCUGUUGAUGAUUCAUAAUGAGAAGAUGUUUUCAAAAAAAAAGAGUAACAAUGAGAUUUGGAAUACAUUCUUUGGUGGCCGUUACCUGAUCCUUUUGAUGGGUAUUUUCUCCAUUUAUACUGGCUUCAUUUAUAAUGACUGCUUUGCCAAGUCUUUCAACCUCUUUGGUUCCUCCUGGCAUGUGAGACCAAUGUUUCUGAAUGGAACAUGGAAUGCACAUAUCCUUGAAGGAAGUCUACUGCUUCAGUUAGAUCCAGCUGUCCCAGGAGUUUACUCAGGAAGUCCUUAUGCAUUUGGAAUAGAUCCAAUAUGGAACAUUGCUUCAAAUAAAUUGACAUUCCUGAACUCCUAUAAGAUGAAGAUGUCUGUAGUGCUUGGAAUCAUCCAGAUGAUAUUUGGGGUGAUUCUCAGUCUUUUUAAUCACAUGCACUUCAAGAACACAGUCAACAUUGUCUUCCAGUUCAUCCCAGAGAUCAUUUUUAUCACCUGCUUGUUUGGCUACAUGGUUUUCAUGAUCAUAUUUAAAUGGUGUCAGUAUGAUGUUCACUCCUCCCAGAUAGCCCCUAGCAUCCUCAUUCAUUACAUCAACAUGUUUCUCUUCAACUACGGAGACUCCUCUAAUGCUCCUCUUUAUUCAUAUCAGCAAGAAGUUCAGAGCUUUUUGGUAGUUCUUGCAGUGAUUGCUGUCCCUUGGAUGCUGCUGUUUAAGCCUUUGAUUCUACGUGCUAAGCACUUAAAAUCCCAGCAACAGCAGCUAAUUAAGGGAGGCAGAGAGGAGAUAGAAGUGGACAUACUUCACGUACACUCCUCUAAUGACACACCUCCAGAAGGACGUGAAGAAGGUGAAAGAGAGGUACAUCAGUCUGUAUCUGAAAACACAGAGCAGAUAGAAAUGGAUAAACUUCAGACACACUCCUCCAUUAACAGUGGAGGGCAUAAUGAAAUACAUGAUGAGGGACAAAAAGAGUUCAACUUUGGAGAUGUGUUUGUGAAUCAGAGCAUUCACACCAUUGAAUACUGUUUAGGCUGCAUCUCCAAUACUGCAUCCUAUCUUCGUCUGUGGGCUCUCAGUCUUGCACAUGCACAAUUAUCUGAAGUUCUGUGGCAUAUGGUGAUCCAUAUUGGCCUUGCCAAUCGAAGCUGGGGAGGAGUUAUUGGAGUGUUUGUCAUCUUUUCUGCAUUUGCUGUCUUAACUGUGGCCAUUUUACUUGUAAUGGAAGGACUCUCUGCUUUCCUUCAUGCUCUGCGUCUACACUGGGUGGAGUUUCAGAACAAGUUCUACACCGGGACUGGUUACAACUUUUCACCUUUUGAUUUUAAACAUGUCUUGUCUGGAUCUGAAGAAGAUUAAAUAUUAAUAUUUAAUGAUUAACAAACAUUCUUAACCUUGGGAGAAUACUCUUAAAAAUGGCAUUGAAUGUACUACCAAUAUGUCUGCUGAAAUUGUAGUGUACUAUAAGUGAUGUAAGUUAAUUAUUUGUUACCUUGUCUUUUUGCUUUUUGACCAGGAUACCUUAUUUUCAUAGGUAUGCCAACAAGGGGAUUGACAGUCUUUUUUUCCUAUUCCAAGCACUGUGUUAUCAGAAUUUAUUUUUAAAAAUGUGUUUUAAGUAAAACUCUGGCUUUAAAAUUAAACUACAAUUUUAGGAACUA